AUGCAAUUGUGUUGUGGUCAACCUAGUGGUCAGCCUAGUGGUCAGCCUAAUGGUCAACCUAGUAGUCAGCUUAGUGGUCAGCCUAGUGAUCUACCUAGUGGUCAGCUUAGUGGUCAGUCUAGUGGUCAGCCUAAUGGUCAGCCUAGUUUUUCACCGAGUGGUCAGCUUAGUGGUCAGUCUAGUGGUCAGCCAAAUGGUCAUCCUAGUGGUCAACUUAGUGGUCAGUCUAGUAGUCAGCCUUAUGGUCAGCCUAGUUGUCCACCUAGUGGUCAAACUAAUGGUCAGCCAAGUUGUCCACCUAGUGGUCAGCCUAGUUGUCCACCUAGUGGUCGGCCUAGUAGUCAACCUAUUGGUCAGUCUAGUGGUCAAACUAAUGGUCAGUCUAGUGGUCAGCCUAGUUGUCCACCUAGUGGUCAGCCUAUUGGUCAACCUAGUGGUCAGCCUAGUUGUCCACCUAGUGGUCAGCCUAGUAGUCAACCUAAUGGUCAGUCUAGUGGUUAG